CGGGAAAGAUCUAAUAGCUUUAAGUUAGAUUGAUGAAUAAACAAAAGACAUGACAGAUGAAUUUACACCAUGCUUGCAAGCAUGUUUGCGAAUGAAAACGGUAUAAUAUUGAUACAGUGCAUAUCAAAAAUUGUGUAUUACUUUGUGUUUUAUGUGUAAUAUAUGUAUAGGAAGCAAAUAAAUGUUUUUUAUGUGAAGUGGCAACAUUUGUCAGAUAUCAGACUUAUCAAUUUUAAGUAAUCUUGUUACUAUGAUUUUAAAUUGAUCAAAUUAAAUUUCGAUCGAACGGGUAUUGAAAAGUUAAUACUAAACAAUAAUAAUUAAAAAAAAUUUAAUAUCUGUGUAGUCAUAGUCGUUCUAUCAUGACAAAGGAUAGAUUAGCUGCCCUUCACGCUGCGCAGUCAGACGAUGAAGAGGCGGAAGAUGUUGCUGUUAAUGUUGAUGGGCACGAUUCCUAUAUGGAUGAUUUUUUUGCUCAAGUUGAAGAAAUAAGAGGCAUGAUUGACAAAGUUCAAGAUAAUGUUGAAGAAGUAAAAAAAAAACAUUCCGCCAUUUUGUCCGCUCCGCAGUCUGAUGAAAAGACAAAACAGGAACUUGAAGAUUUAAUGGCUGACAUUAAAAAAAAUGCAAAUCGUGUCCGUGGUAAACUUAAAGGUAUUGAACAAAAUAUUGAACAAGAGGAACAGCAAAACAAAUCUUCUGCCGAUUUACGUAUACGUAAAACUCAACAUUCCACACUUUCACGAAAAUUUGUUGAAGUGAUGACCGAGUAUAAUCGUACGCAAACGGAUUAUAGAGAACGUUGCAAGGGAAGAAUACAACGACAAUUAGAAAUUACCGGACGUGCAACAACUAAUGAAGAAUUGGAAGAUAUGUUAGAACAAGGUAAUCCAGCUGUUUUUACUCAAGGCAUCAUAAUGGAAACUCAGCAAGCAAAACAAACUCUUGCCGAUAUUGAAGCAAGACAUGCAGAUAUAAUGAAAUUGGAAACUUCAAUUAAGGAGUUACACGAUAUGUUUAUGGAUAUGGCAAUGUUAGUAGAAUCUCAAGGAGAAAUGAUCGAUCGCAUAGAGUAUCAUGUUGAGCAUGCAAUGGAUUAUGUACAAACUGCCACACAAGACACGAAGAAAGCGCUUAAAUAUCAAAGCAAAGCUCGACGAAAGAAAAUUAUGAUUUUAAUAUGCUUGACAGUUUUGGGUAUCAUAGUCGCUGCAUAUGUUAGCAGUUAUUUUAUAAUGAAAAAAUAAUAAGCUACAAAAAUAUAU